UCAAAACGAACACAAGUGGAAAUUGUCAUUUGCGCCGCCACCGACUGACCCAGAAUUACUAGCCAGCGAUGAUGAGGAUCAUCUCUUGAAAGAGGUAUCUGAUGAAGCAACUAUAAACAAUGAUGAGCAAGGUGAUCAGAAUGAUUUAGGACCAAAAGCUGCUGACUGGCGCUUUGGCCCUGCUCAGUUGUGGUAUGAUAUGUUAGAAGUUCCGGAAUCAGGAGAAGGCUUUGACUAUGGAUUCAAGCUCAAAGAAAAAGAGCAACCCCAAACUGACGUUAAUGAAGAUAAUGCUGAUUCAACUAUACCCGAUGAUGCAUUUUUGAUGGUGUCACAAUUACGAUGGGAGGAUGAUGUAGUAUGGGAUGGAAAUGAUAUUAAGCACAAGGAUGGUUGCCGAGUAGUUGCAGUAGAACAGCUGGUGCUUUCAGUCAGCCUGGAGCAGCUAAAGGAAUUCAGAAUGUACAAAGGCCAGGAAUUCUUGCCAAUGCUUCUGUCAAGCAAAAUAAGACGCCAAUGUUAA